CUUGGUCACGUCCUGGCUUCGUCACAUCCGGCAGCGGCACAGCCUGGAGAGGAAAACACAAAUUAUAUUAAGAAAAUUGAAGAAAAAGAAAAUAGGAAUACUUGCUGUUUUUUUUUCUGGUCCUGCCAAGUCCGUAUCAGUAGUAAGAUAUCGAUAUUGUCCACGGAGAAUCUCAAUCCGCAACGGAACCGAUUUCUUUCGUGUUUUUUUCGGUUUGUUUGGAUCGGCAGACACGGACCGUCUGAGGAGAAGGACUCAAAUGUAUUACAGUCGAGCAGUUUUUACUUCUUAGAUUUUUUAAUCCGUGAUAUAAACCAUUUAUCUCGUUAUACCCCGAAUGCUAUAGGAUGUGCUUUUAUUUAAGUUCUUAGUAUACAUUAUUACAUUUAAAUGUUUGUUUUAAUAGCAUCGCCAGUUCUGAAAAUGGGUACCGUCCGGACUUUGUUUACCAAUUUUCAGCUUUAUUCAAAAUAGCUUUAUUUUAUUUUAAUUUUUCAGUUAGUUUUAUUUGUUAUUUUUUAAAUCAACAUUUGACGUUGCUUAAUCAACAGGCAUUAUUUUUUAAUUAUUUAUUUAUUGAGAUUUCGCAGGCGACUCAUUAAUUUAACUCGAAUAUCCUUGGGGUAAAAAAAACAAAACAAAACAAAACAAAAAAACAAACAAGAAGAUGAAUGGUCUGUCGGUGAGUGAGCUGUGCUGCCUCUUCUGCUGCCCCCCCUGCCCUGGCCGGAUCGCAGCCAAGCUGGCCUUCCUGCCUCCGGAGCCCACCUACUCCCUCCUGCCGGAGCUGGAGUCCGGGCCCUCCCCCACGGGGGGGAGCGCGUCGCUGCGCGGCCGCACCCCCGACGCCUCCUCCCGCUGGAAGCUGCACCUGACGGAGAGGGCCGAGUUCCAGUACUCGCAGCGGGAGCUCGACAGCACCGAGGUGUUCCUGGCGCGCUCCAGCCGCGGGAAUCGCAUCGGCUGCAUGUACAUCCGCUGUGUGCCCUCCGCCAGGUUCACGGUCCUCUUCUCCCAUGGGAACGCGGUGGAUCUGGGGCAGAUGAGCAGCUUCUACAUCGGCCUGGGCACCCGUAUCAACUGCAACAUCUUCUCCUACGACUACUCGGGCUACGGGGUGAGCACGGGCAAGCCGUCCGAGAAGAACCUGUACGCAGACAUCGACGCCGCCUGGCAUGCUCUCCGGUCCAGGUUCGGGAUCAGCCCGGAGAACAUCAUCCUGUACGGGCAGAGCAUUGGCACCGUGCCCACGGUGGACCUGGCAUCGCGCUACGAGUGCGCCGCGGUGGUGCUGCACUCCCCCCUCACCUCCGGCAUGAGGGUGGCAUUCCCAGACACCAAGAAGACCUACUGCUUCGACGCCUUCCCCAACAUCGAGAAGGUUUCCAAGAUCACCUCCCCCGUCCUCAUCAUCCACGGCACGGAGGACGAGGUCAUCGACUUCUCUCACGGGAUGGCGCUGUUCGAGCGCUGCCCCAAGGCCGUGGAGCCGCUGUGGGUGGAGGGCGCCGGACACAACGACAUCGAACUGUACAGCCAGUACCUGGAGCGGCUGCGCAAGUUCAUCACACAAGACCUGGCGAGCCAGCGGACCUGAGCCAUGCCUCCCUGUCCUCCUGCCCGCCUGCCUGCGAGGUCCCUGUCUCCCCUUGCCUCGAUCUCUUUAUACCCCUCUGUAUAUCUCUUUCCAAUCCUGGCACCCAGGGAAAGAAACCAUGUUUUAAACCAAGCCUGCUUUUAUAUAUAGACACGUGUGUGUGUGUGUGUGUGUGUAUAUGUGUAUAUAUAUAUAUAUAUAUAUAUAUAUAUAUAUAUAUAUAUAUAUAUAUAUAUAUAUAUAUAUACACACACACAAAAAUUACAAGAACUGCUCUAUUUUUAUAAAAAAAAAUAAAAAGAUUGAGGGGGUGGGAUUCAGUAGGAGGUGGAGGGUAGGCUUAAUGAGAAGUAGCGAGCAUGAUUUUUCAAGUUUCAAGAUUUUUCAAAUUGUAAGCGUGGUGUAAAAGCUGGCCAGCGUGGCCCUGGACCCCCUCAGUGCAGUGCUGAAUCCCUUCCCAUGACUGAACCCCCGGAGCGGUGUGUUUUAAACAGCUUCGACUUCCAGCACUCACAAGGAGGGAGAUCGUUUCUAUACCCCUCUCUGUACUGCAGUCCCGGAGAUGGGCAGGGGGCCCUUUCUCCCUUUCAACCGGCAGACCCCACCCUUCCUUCCUUCCUCCCUCCUCUUCUGAACCCCCACUUCUCUGUCCCUUUCAUUUCCCUGGUGAGAUUGAUACUGGGGAUGAGUUGUGGUGUAGAAACAGUCCUGGGUAUUCUGGGAGUCUAAACCUGGAAAAGGGGAGUUCCUAGGGGCGUUUAGAAUCCUAAAAACCUGACCUCUUGUUGGAUUCAGCAACACUGCGGCCCCCGUUAUCGCAGUUUGGAUUCUGUAACCUGUGUUUUAACUAGAAGCAAAAAUACUGCACUAUAGAUUUUUCAAAUUGAAAGUGCUGCUACCUGGUGUACUUCCUGGUACCUGAUCCCUUCCUGUGGGUCCUCGGACCGUUUCCCUUCAAAGUGCCGUGCUGGCCGGGUAGAAUGCCAGAACGUUUUGGUAUCUAGUAUCGGUAUUGAAGAGGACAGGGUCUGAAUGAACCAGCCCCCCCCCCCACCCAGUGAUGAUGCAGCUACUGUCAGCACUCCAGUUCAGGUGCAUUCUGAUUUCCUUCGAUAAUGCAUCCCAAUUUACUGCUCUUUUCCUCGUUAACCAAAUCAGUUGUCAUGCAGUUAUAGAUCUUGAUUAAGUAACGUGACGGGACUCAGUGCUGUGUAGAAGGCCCUCCUACGCUGUUUACAAUGAUCAAACACUCGGGGACAGUAUGUUUCAUAAUUUAAAUAAAUACAUUACUUGACUCAAUUUGACUGACUGUGCCAAAAAAUAAAUAAAACAGAACAGUAGUGCUGCCGUUAAAAUCUAGGGCUCAGCUAGAGAUGUGUCACUGAUGUAUUCUGGAUGGAUUUUUACAUUCGGAAACGUGGGCUAAUAUUUGGAGUCCCUUUGUAGAGGGGAGUAGAUAGAUAGCUGUAUUGUUUCAUACGUGGCGUAAUUAUUCAUUGUACUGCAGGCAGGCAGCCUGUCGGCACCCCCACCUCAGCCCUGCCCCAGGGUCACAUCAGGGUCCUUAACACUAAACCGCUAACACUAAAUAACCCAAACUUUUAUACUGUCUGUACAGCCCGUAGUCUUGUGUAGUCAGGCGCAGGUGUGGACGGUUCCAGAUUUAGAAAUGUGAUUUGAAUGGCUUGAUUGUGUCUGUGUCGCACAGAGACUCGGAGUUCAAAGGGGAAGAAUAACGCACCCUGGGGAAAGCGUUUAUGGACUUGGUCACGUGGUUUAGAAGGCGGGGAUCAAUUGAGGGUAAUUAAAGCUCUCCCUAUAUAUUAAAAACUUUCGAAAUGUAGAAAACUGGAUAGCAUUUCUUCUAGUAAAAAAAAAAAAAAAAAAGUCAAGCGGUAUAACUACAUGAUUUUGCAGGUCCUUCCUUACCCGAUAUGAUUACCCCUAAAGUCAUUGAUAUAUUUUGACCUGUUUAAAAUGGGGCAGCAGGGUUUAUCAUACCCUUAACCAGUGUGUUUUUUAGUUGCCAGCCAUUCCAUUCCAAUGAAGGCGAUACCUCACAGGGGUUUUAUUUGGGUCGUAUCAUGACAUCCCGUACGGAUUACACGCUUCACCUUGCGUGUUUUUGUCUCUGUUUUUUUUGGGGGGGGGGGGUCAUUGUUUCUUUGAAUCUGGAAAGAAUGCAUUAGGACUCCUAGAUCCCAUAUCUGCUCUAUUACAGAACAUGUUUGAGCGUGUGCGCGCGUGUUUGUGUGUUCAAACAGACGGGCGGUGUUGGAUCUGUUGAUUUUCGGUCUCCCUGUGCGAACGGGAUUAACCCUUAAAGAACCAGAACGAGUAUUACAGAGAUGGAAAGAAGAUUCCUGUUGCAGAGCAGUUUGUCAUGUAAUGGGACACACCUGAGCUUGUUGCCUGUAUACACUGGCUAAGCAAGCACAUUAAAACCUGGAGUCAGUGCCAUGCAAUAGGAGGCUUAUUUCCGUCUGGAUUAUACUGUGACUUUCUCUUUGUCUAUAUAUAUAUAAAAUAAACCCGAGAAGCUGUGUUUUGGCAUCUCCAGGCUGUACAGUUGCUAUGACAUGUUUUCUUCGUAAUGGUGGAGGGUAGAUGCAAAUGUUGGAGAGAUUUUCAAUGCUUUAUUGUAGAUGGAAUGGACAGUAAUAAAAAGUGUGUAAAAAUAAUCUCACUCCCACAUCCAGUGGACGUCAAAAACGCCAUGUUUGCAGUAAGAGUCUGGGGAUCGGCAAACGAGGUAUCUUGCAUCCGCUAGCGGUGUUGCAGUGGGGCAGGUUAAUGGUACCACUGUGGUGUACCUGAUGUACCACAGCGGUGCUUUAAAACUUUAAAAAGUUACCAGGAUGUAAUCGCUGCUACUGAGAAUGAUAUACAAAAUUAAUCUGAAAAACUCUUGAUGUGUCACAGCCAUACCAAAUGCCCUUUAGGAUGAGCAGUGCAUUUUUAAAGGCUAGGGUAUUGCAGCUUUUGUAGGUUUGUAAUUUAGGAGUUUCUUUUUCUUUUUUUUUUUUAUUGAUCUGGUUUAGGAAGAAUCUGCUGAACGUUAGCAGUUAUGUAAUCACUUUACAAGCAAAUAAUAUUUUCUUUGUUCUUGGAGCGUGUGUUCCAGCCAUGGUUUACGAGAUGCAGAAAUGCUGACCCCAGCAUUCCGAAUAUCCGGAAUAUGACAGGAAUUCUCUCGUGUAAACGCAGUGUUCUGCAGGGUUCUGAACAGCGUUCUCCCUCCAAUCCUGUUUCAGGGAAACUGAGUGCUCCACUUGCUGUUUUUAUAGCAGAAUUUAUCCCAGUAUUUACCACUGUGCUAAGUUAGCACCAAUUUUAUUUGUAAAAACAAAACACAAAAACAAAGGUUUCAAACUUAGCACGGUGGAAAAUGCUUUGUGAACACAGCCCCUGCGUUAGGAGGAGGUGUGGUCAGGUGCUUAAAGAAAAGGGUUUGUAACCAGGAGGUCCCCGGUUCAAAGCCCGGCUCACUCACUGUGUGACUGACCAAGUCACUUAACCUCCUUGUGCUCCGUCUUUCAGGCGAGACGUUGUAAGUGACUCUGCAGCUGAUGCACAGUUCACACACCCUAGUCUCUAAGUGGAUAAAGGUGUCUGCUAAAUAAACGAAGGUUUGAGCCUUCCACUGUAAGCUUUAUCUGAGCUACGUGGCAUGUUUUUUAAUUGAGCUCAGGUGUAAUUCAGCUCCCACUAAUGGAAUGCAGUGGAAUUGUUCAGUCUUCUGGUCCGUAAACCAUGUGUUCGGAAUGCGACUUCAAUUGAGGGAGGCAGCGAGCUCCCUUACCUUGGGUUGCACUCUGGUUGGUGCGUCUGAGACCAACAAAAGGUCCUGUUUUGAAAUCUGCGUACUGUAUUUUCUUGUGCUAGCAUUUUCUUUUCCAGAACUGUAAAGUUGACUGCCGUCUGAAAGUCAAGUGUCUUUUUUUUAAAUAUUUUUUUUUGUUCUUGUAAUGAAAUAACCAAAACGAAGAACACUACUAGAGCACAAACGUGAAGCAGUCGCUGCCGUGACUGAUAAAGUGACGAGCCCGGAAAAAAAAAAUCAGUUAAGGCAGUCCUUUCUCAAAAGCAGGAAUGGAAAUAAAUUGCACUGCACAGCAGUUUGAUCGCUUCCUGGUUUUACUGGGAGUUUAGUAAGACACACCAGAGCUUGAUACCUACAUACUGUGGCUAACCAAGCUCGUAUUAAUACCUGGAAUGGGUGAAGCUGCUUUGGUAGUCUGAUUUCCGUCCUUGCAAAUGACAGAAUCCGGACUUGAUCGUUCUCGCUUGUGCUCUGCUUGCUUGCUUAUCAAUAUUAUUACUGAAUCAUUAUGUUUAUUAAUCAUUUGGCUGAGCGCUCUUCCUGAGCAUGCCGGCAAUGUUUUGCACAAACCAGAACUGAAAAAAAAAAAAAAAAAACACA